UGUAUUCAGAUGUCUUGAAUCCUCUUUCCAUCCAGUCUACUAGAUUCAGUUCUGUUCCUAUAAUCCCCUCAUUCUCGAUGUAGGCAUUUGAUGUACUGAUCAACUCGUAUUUGAACUGAGCAGAAGACAAAUUAAAGACUAAAGUCUCUUUUGGAGAAAAUGUCUGAAGGACAGCUCAAUUCACCUAACCAGACUUUCCAUUUAAUCACAAAUGAUACAGAACCAUCAGCAACUAGUAUUUUCAAUGAUACUACGGUGGAGGGAAAAACUGAAGAGACAUCUAUAGGAUCACGAAUCCUGUGUACCAUUUUUUUGACUUAUUCCGUGAUCAUUUCGGUAGGUCUUCUUGGAAAUGCUGUGCUCAUCAAAGUCUUUUUCAAGAUCAAGUCCAUGCAAACAGUUCCAAACAUUUUUAUCACCAGCUUGGCUUUCGGAGAUCUUUUGCUUCUAAUAACAUGUGUGCCAGUGGACGCGACCCAGUACAUUGCAGAUACCUGGCUGUUCGGGAGACUCGGUUGCAAGAUUCUCUCUUUCAUCCAGCUCACUUCAGUCGGCGUGUCGGUGUUCACACUAACUAUUCUCAGUGCUGACAGAUACAAGGCAAUAGUGAAGCCCUUGGAACUGCCAGCCUCUGAUGCAUUCUUGAAGACCUGCGGGAAAGUUGCCUGUAUCUGGAUCCUGUCCAUGGUUCUUGCUAUCCCAGAGGCUGUAUUCUCAGAUUUAUAUCCUUUCUAUAAUGCUGAAAAAAAUGAGUCUUUUGAAGCCUGUGCUCCUUAUCCUGUUUCUGAAAAGAACAGGCAAGAGGCUCAUUCUCUCCUAUGUUUCUUAGUCUUCUACAUUAUUCCCCUCUCUGUCAUUUCUGUCUACUAUGUUCUGAUUGCCAAAGCUCUUUUCAAAAGCACCGUCGAAAUACCCGCCGAAGAACAAGAACAUGCCCGCAAGCAGAUUGAAUCCCGCAAGAGAGUUGCCAAGACGGUGCUGGUGUUGGUGGGGUUUUUUGCUAUCUGCUGGCUGCCCAAUCAUAUCCUUUACCUCUAUCGGUCCUUCAAUUAUCACUCCUCCAUUGAUUCUUCUACCCUUCAUCUUGUGGCCACCAUUUUCUCUCGGGCGCUGGCUUUUAGCAAUUCCUGUGUAAACCCCUUUGCUCUUUACUGGCUGAGCAAAACUUUCCGGCAGCAUUUUAAAACACAACUCUUUUGUUUCAAGAUCAAGUGUCCCAGGCGUCCAGCUGUCCCCAGAAACCUGGCCACAGGCCUUGUUUCAGCCACUGGGAGCACCCAGGUGUCUGAAAUUAGUGUGACCUUGCUCACUGGGUAUGCUGGGAAGAAGGAAGAAGAAAGUGCCUUUUCAGUUAUCAGUUAAAGCGGGCAGGCAGCAAGUUUUUUCCUAGUGUGUAUGUAGCUAGGAAUUGUGGGGAUGAGUAUAAUACUGAAUUACUCAUCUUUUAAUUGUAUUUGAGAUAUUUAAGAGAAGGUCCUUGUCCAGUCAAAUAUUCUUGUCUCUGUGUGUGUAUAUAUGUGUGUUAUUUUUGUGAGUGAAAACUUGAUAUUCUAAAACUUUCUAAAUUCUAGAGAGAAAACAUUUAGUAGGUGGAGACUAUGGUUAUAGAAAGAGAAAGGGGAGGAGUAAGAGAAUGACAUCAACACAACACUAAAAAUGUAAAAGAUGACACAUAUCUAUAAUGCUUCAAGCUUUACAAAAUAUUUUCCUACUAACUGCCUCAUGAGGCAGGUGGUAUCUGUAUCACAAAGGAAGAAAUGGUGACUGAGUGAAGAGAAAUGAUUUACAAUUCAGUACAAAGUAUAUAUAGAAUAAAUGUAAGAUAAUGUUGUUGCAGAAAGGCACCUAUACCUAGAUGAGGAAAAGUCUUAUUCAGGAGGUAAGAGAGAGAGAGAGAGAGAGAGAGAGAGAGAGAGAGAGAGAGAAAGAGAGAGAAACUUUCUAACUUAGAGGACCCAAACCCUUUGUGGACUGUGGAAGACAUUUCUAAAUUUUCUCAUUUUCUUCUCAUGUGAUGGACACCAAGUUAUGCCAUUUAAUCUCUGCUCUGCCAUAUAGAUGCAAAUUACAUUAUUCUCUCUGAUUAGAAAAAAGUAUCAAAAAUGGAGAUAAUAAAGAAUCUUUGAUGCAAUUUCUUUUUAGAAAACAUUCUAAUAAUUGAUGGGAAAUGUUACUGUUUUCUAUUGUUUUCUCUUCUACUAUCACCAAAAGUUUAAUGAAAAUGAAAAUGGGAAUGUUUUGAGGUUGGCAAGUAUGAAUAACACACCAAGGUAUAGUUCAUCUACCUGUCUUAUAGCUUCUCUAAUCAAAGACAAUGGAGUCUUACUUUUCUCUUCAAUUUAUUAACAUCAGUCAAAAAGUUUCCGUAAUGGACUGACUUUACAUGAAAAUGCAGUAGGUGAUCACUUACAUGGUAUCACAUGAAGGGAAUAGGGAAGGGCAACCUCCCUCCCUCUCUGCCCCUUCCAAAAAUAUUAUUGUCAUAAACCAGCCACAAUAUCUGAGAUCCCAUCACUAUGGAUGUGUUAUUUUGAGUUAAGCAUUGCCCGCCUCCUCUAUCUUGUUUUAAAAUACAACUUUUCCUAGGAGUCCCUUCCACCCCAAAGUGAAUAAGUUUAUUCAGAAAGAUUUAAUUACAGAAAGUACAUAAUGACCUUGGUGAUGAUUCUGAAGGUGAUUUCUGGGCAUUCAUGAGAACUUUAUAGUU